GUCGCCCCUCCCCUACGGUCACUCCCUAAUCACCAAGUUAAAUAUUGCCCACUAUUUCUGCCAACUUCCCAUAUUUCUACUGCAGCAGACUAUGAGUUUCUGAAACGAAUCCCGUAGGUCGAUAUUAUCCACACCCAGUCAUGACCUCACGCAAGCGAAGUGGCAGCGGCUCCACCAAGAGGCCCAAGGAGAAGGUGGUCUACAUCUACGAGCUGCUGUGCCGUGGCGAGGAUCCCAGCAGCGAGAGCCCCGAGUUCUGGAACGAGUUCUUCCUGCUGCAGCCGAACUUCGAGGCACUGGAGAUUGAGAUCGGAAAACUCAACAAUGAGCAGCUGCAGCUGGUCAAACCGAAUCUGAACACCCUCUUCCAGAGGUGCAUCGAAAUGCUGGACACGGAAGACCAUCCCAAGCGUCUGUGCAACAGCCUGCAGACGCUGUGCUCCCUGUUCUACGGCAUUUUCAAAAAGUCCAACUCAGAUCCCACGUGCAACAUCCUCAACGAGAUCUUCGGCCACGAGAAGAUGGACGAGUGGCUGAAACUGCUGAUGCAGUACUGCAACCGCAUCCUGCUCGGCGAUGUGCCCGAGAAUGCCCGCUUCAUGUGCCUCAAGCUGCUUCAGGUCCUGGUCACGGGCACCGACAAUGUCAACCAGAACGCCCUCUUCGAGCACCUGAUGAUGCACAGCAUGUUCGACGCCUUUGUCCGUCUGCUAAGCGACCCUACGUUCCGCACCCAGCACGGACACGAUAUCGUCAUCCUGCUCACAAUCCUGGUCAACUAUCGCAAGCACGAGGCCACCAAUCCCUACGUGGUGCAGCUCUCCAUACUCGCCGAUGAACUGGCCCUGAACGGCUACGGCCAAAUGAUAUCGCAGUCGUUGAUUGACUUCUGUCGCCAGUACAUCCAGAGCCUCAACAAUGUGCAAUCCUCCUCCUGGUUCUCAUCGCUGUCCAAUAUUGUGGGCAACAUGUUUGUCUCGGAUGAGGGAUGCGAACGGGUCCAGCAGAUCAAGGCCAACAAUGGCCUGCUCCUAGCCCUCUACGAGGCAGUGCACUUAAAUAGGAACUUCAUCACAACUCUGGCCCACACUCAGGCGGAGUCCAGUGCCCCGCCCUCGCCCAGUAACACGUUGAGUCUGGCCCAGCCCGUACCGGAUUUAUCCAAUGCACCCAUCAUCGACAUUACCCAGUAUCCCACCAAUCUGCUGGUGGCCGUCUUUCAAUACUGCUCCAUCGUGAUGCAGGACAAUAAGAACGAGUCGAGCAUUGCUAAUCUAAAGCUGUGCUUCCUCAUCCUCACUUGCAUUUCGGAGGAUCAGUACGCCAACUCGAUGAUGCACGACAGCAAUCUGACCUUCAAGGUUAUGCUGCAUCGGGCGCAGAUGCGUCAUCGCAAGCUGAAUGUAGAUCGGGUGGGCAAAUCCCAGCCAUUGGCUGCCACUCUACUAGAUCUGCUGGUGGAGUUUAUAGUUUCCCACUUGAUGAAGAAGUUCCCCAUGGAAUUGUAUUUGCUCUGCAUUGGCGUUAUCCAUCGAAUCCUGUGCUAUCAGAAGAGGUGUCGGGUGCGGCUUAACUAUCCUUGGAAGGAACUCUGGUCUGCGCUGAUUGGCUUGCUGCGAUUCCUGGUCAACCAGGAACAGACUCUGGUCAAAAAGUGCAACAUAUUCCAUUUGUCACUGCAGGUGGUGAACAUAUUUAAUCUGUUUAUCACGUACGGCGAUACUUUCCUGGCCACCACAAACAGCUAUGACGAGCUCUACUAUGAACUGAACCGCGAGGAGAAGGUCUUUACGGAAAUACAUGCUAUGGUUCUUCGCUAUACAACGAUGGGGGAGUGCGAGUACAAAGACGACGUAAUCAAACUAUUGAACGCCUUGGUUAACAUCCUGGCCAUUGUGAAGCACUUCCAGAACAAGAUCAAGGAAUGGCUGGCGGAACAAGGCCUCUCUACGCCCACGGAGGAGCAAAUACUCGAUGUGGUGCGCAAGAACUACGACCUCACGCUGAAACUGCAGGAUUCCCUGGACCAGUACGAACGCUAUGCGGAAGCGCCGCUGCACACCAAUUUCUUCAAGCUGAUGGUGCGCGAUGUGGUCAACGAUACUCGCAAGCACAUCUACGGAUAUGUGAAGGAGGCCGUAUCCGUUAUUCCCGACCAGGAGAUACUCCUCACCACCUCUAUGACCUCCGCAUCGGCGGGAAUUCCGAAUGCUGCACCAGCAGCCGCAGUGCCAGAAGCAAAAGCCACGCCUGCCACGUAGGAAUUUGACCUCGACAGACUAUCAGACUGUUUAAUUGUUUCUUUUGCUUAGUUUUGUAAUUAUAUUUUAAAUAAUCAAAUCUCUAGAAGCGUAAACUCGAUGUAAUCUGUAAGAUUUAAAGUGCUUUGCGAGUCUAUGUUAGCUUUCGUUGUGAAGCAGUGCACUUAAAGCAAAUACAUAUAUUCAGUGCAAGUUUUUUACGUACGUAUACAAAAUA